UAACACAACACUAUUUGGUAUAGGCGGGUUUUCUGUCGCUGCACUGGAAAAUGCCUCGUCAUCACUAUGAAGUCUUUGGGCACACGAUACGUGUAAUGUCUGGGGCAGUCCUAGAACAGACGCGAUCGACAACAAGGAUUGAGGUUCCAGAUUCCGCUCAGAAUGUAUCAAUGACCGAGGGCUUAUUCUCAUAUGUCGUCAAGGACAGCUGAGUGGACAGGCCGUGCAGAAGACUAGAAUGAACA